GUGCUCGGCUCCCGCGCCGGCGGGGUCAGGCGGUGCGCGGGGUAGGGCCGGGGCUGGGGGUGCGGGUAGCGGUGCGGGUAGCGCCGGGCCCGGCAGGGCGGCGUGGGGUGGCGGGGCCGGACCGGGAUGGAGCGCGGCGCGGCGGCGCUGAUCCGCGAGGGCUGGUUCCGCGAGACGUGCCGGCUGUGGCCGGGGCAGGCCAUGUCGCUGCAGGUGGAGGAGCUCCUGCACCACCAGCGCUCCCGCUACCAGGAGAUCCUCGUCUUCCGCAGCACCACCUACGGCAACGUCCUGGUCCUGGACGGGGUGAUCCAAUGCACGGAGCGGGACGAGUUCUCCUACCAGGAGAUGAUCGCCAACCUGCCGCUCUGCAGCCACCCUGACCCUCGCAAGGUGCUCAUCAUCGGCGGCGGCGACGGCGGAGUGCUGCGAGAGGUGGUGAAGCACCCCACCGUGGAAUCCGUGGUGCAGUGCGAGAUCGAUGAGGAUGUGAUCCAGGUAUCUAAGAAAUACCUCCCUGGGAUGGCAGUGGGGUAUUCCAGUGCUAAACUGACCCUGCACGUCGGAGAUGGUUUUGAAUUCAUGAAACAGAAUCAGGAAGCCUUUGAUGUGAUUAUCACGGACUCAUCUGACCCCAUGGGUCCUGCAGAAAGCUUAUUCAAGGAAUCCUACUACCAGCUGAUGAAGACAGCCCUGCGAGAAGAUGGGAUUCUCUGCUGCCAAGGUGAGUGCCAGUGGCUGCACCUGGAUCUCAUUAAGGAGAUGCGUCAGUUCUGCAAGUCUCUGUUCCCUGUUGUGGAAUACGCCUAUUGCACCAUCCCUACAUAUCCCAGCGGGCAGAUUGGCUUCAUGCUCUGCAGCAAGAACCCAAACACAAAUUUCCGAGAGCCUGUGCAGCAACUCUCACAGCAACAAGUAGAGGAGAGGAGUCUGAAGUACUACAACUCUGACAUUCACCGGGCAGCUUUCAUCCUGCCAGAGUUUGCACGGAAGGCCCUGAGUGAUGUGUGAGACUGAGAAGCUACUUCCUCCCUUCAAGUUGGACCCUGAGAUCAUCAGUGAUGUGGGGACCUUCCUAGCAGACUACAGAUUUGCUCUCCACUGUGUGGGAUUGUUUAACCCCUUGCCAGCCAACAUUCCCUUUGAUGUGUCAUAACCCAGAUAAGACUAUUGAAAAGGUCCAGUGACUUAUUGCGUGAGGUCAAAACCGUUGUUUGCAGUACUGGAAAUGUAAGAUGUCUUCUUCCUUCCUCUCCUCCCUUUACCCACUCUAAAUUUGCCUCCACCCAACUGACAACGAUAUAUUUAUAACUGACGUGUAUUUCUGUCUGGUGAUCUUCUGAAACUUGGGAAGAGUCCAGGAGGUUCACUGACUCGGCCUUAAGCACAGAGAGCGAGAGCUUUGUGCACAAAGUUAGCUUGCUCUCUCCUAAUAGGAGCUCCCUGCUGCUGAGACGUUUUGACUGGUAACGGGUCUGAGCCUUCACAUCCCACUGCCCUGCUGUGAUGCCUGCGCUGUUCUGCAGCACAGCUGGAGAAGUCACAGUGCAAACUGUUGCCAUUCACAAUAAGUCUCCCUCCAACCCUGAUGGAGUAGCAGUAUUAAACGCCAGCACGCCAGGCUGGCAGCAAAGUCUUGUGGCUUUUUUUUUUUUUCAAUUGAUUGGAAACAGAAAUGCUGAGGUACGAACAGGCUGACUCCUGUUCUUACCUCUGCCAUCAGAAUGGUUCCAAAGAAUGUUUAUCAAUCAGGUGAUAGGCGCUUUAUAUAUAAAAGUAUAAAUAUAAAUAUAUAUAUAAAAAAAAAGAAAGCAAACCUUAGAUCCAUUGCCUGCUGUUAAGUACUGUUGCUGGGGAGGCAGUUGUGCUGAUAAAUCUCAUCUCAGUCUUGCUGAGGUGCCUCAGGCCUGGCUAUUUGCUAGUCGUUAGGAGGCAUCAUUACUUCUAAUGCUGCCCCCAGAAUCCCCAGAUGUGUAAGCUGUUUUUCAUUUUACUGUGUUGUGAGAUGGAUCUUCCUCCACAUCCACUUCUGGUUUAAAGUCUCUGUGCCACCACUGUGCAACGGGGAUCUUCUCAGCACAACCACUGUGCAACUGUCACUCCCUUGCAAUCAAUUAAACACUCGGCUCUGGUUAAGGUGA